AUGAAGCGCCGGGAGGUGUCACUCUGCAAGAAUGCACCGGCUGAUGUUCGCCUCGCGAUGAAGUCCAUGUAUGAGAAGAAGGCCGCUGAUGCAGAGGAAAAGCGUAGAUCGACUGAGGCUGCGAUUGCCUCGGUGCACCCAAGCGGGAAGCGGUCCCGCAUAACCGACUAUCUCGAUGGUGAUGCAGCAGCGAAAAAGCGCGAUGCACAUCAGUCGCUGGCGCUGAUGUUUGCGGGAUGUCACAUCGCGGAGCAGAUCGUAGACCAUCCUCUCUUCGUCAACGCAAUGAGGGACGUCGCCCGCGCCGGCGACGGUUAUGUUCCUCCAGGGCGGAAGUACAUCGGCGGUACAGGUCUGCAAGCAUGCCGCCGUGGCAUCGAAAGCGGGUUGGUGGGCAUCAAAGCAAGCUGGAAGAAGACUGGAGUAACCGUCGCGUCCGACAUGAUGACGGACAGGGCCGGGAGGCCGCAGGCGAAUGUCUUCCUCGUUAACGACGCGGGCGCCGUGAUGCAUGUGUGCGUGGGCUGCAACAUCGAGAAGAAGACGGGGGGUUAUAUUGCGGGGUUACUGAAGCCCGUGGUGGAGGAGGUGGGUGCGGAGAACAUCGUCGCCUUUUGUAUGGACGGGGGCUCCAACUACGCGUCUGCCUGCCGGCAGAUGAUUGCGGAAUGGCCCCACAUCGAGAUUGUCCCUUGUGCGACCCACGUCCUGGAUCUCCUCAUGGAGGAUGUGGGGAAGCUUGGGUGGGCGAAAAGGGUGGUGGAGCGGACUGGGGAAAUGAGUUCGUUCGCCCGCAACCACCACUGGACGCGGGGGUACUUGCGGACGCUGGAGCUAGUGGAGGGGACCGUGAAGCAGGCGUUGAAGCCAGCGGGGACUCGCUUCGGCACCCAGUAUAUAUCGGUGUCCCGUCUUUGUGCUCUUCGUAACUCCCUUACGCAGAUGGUGCUCUCCGACCUGUGGAAAGCUUGGGCGGCGGGGGAUGCGGAUCGACAGAAAGCAGCGGAUGGGUUUGCCGCGCUGACGGAUGGGGAAGCUAAGAGGAUGAUGGGGCGAAUGUACGACGUUAUGCUCCAACUUACCGAGGAUGUGGAGGCCAUUGUCGAGGCGGAUGAGGAGCAGCUGUCCAGCACCGACAAGCAGCAGAUUCGCAAAAUCCUGAAAGACAGGUGGGACGGGAGUCUUGCAUGCGCCAUGCACGUGGCGGGACGCAUCCUCAACCCUGCCAACCAAGAGGAGGACAUCUUCGGCGGGGAUGCGGAAUGCACAAGGGUGUUCAAGGCGUUCCUCACCAAGCAUGCGGAGUUCCUCACCAAUUGGGGGAAGGAGGGGGAUGAUGAGUGCGACUAUUUACUCGCAUUGGGGGACCAGCUAGGGUCUUUCCUUGACCUCAAAGGGAGUUUCGGGAUGCCUGAAGCCAUUGCACAGAGGGAGAAGGUAAAGGCGGGCACUUACAGCAUGGUUAAGUGGUGGCAGUGGAAUGGGACGGAUGCGCCGCAGAUGGCGUCGCUCGUCGUAAAGAUUCUCUCGCAGCCCGUCUCGGCAUCUCCGUGUGAGCGUGGAUGGGCGAAGUGGGAAUCAGUCCACACUGCGCGCCGGAACCGUCUCGGAUCCGCUAAGUGCUCGGAUUUGGUAUACGUCACGCACAACUGGAACGUUGUGCGUGGAUGGCACACGCGCCAUGAUGUUAUGCCGGGAGUUGUGCGCGGGAAUGAGGUGGAGCCGCCAAUCCCCGCUGGCUACGAGAUCGCGGAAGAGAUGGAGGAGGAGGAAGAUGAGGAGGAGGUCUUGGCGGACGAGUAUCAGUAG